AUGCCGAAGGCUGGGCCUCCUCCUCGGAAGAAGGAUCGGAAGAAGCAAGAGCCCCUAGGACCCACAUUUACCGCCGUUACUGGAAAUGCAAUUAUACAGGAAUUUGACACGUAUGAAGACUAUCUCGACAGUCAAAUUACUUUGACGGACAUGUUCUAUUUAGAAGACCUGGAGCUUGCCAGACAGCUCAUAGAAUUAGGAUAUAGAAGUAACGCAGAGGUAAUGACCAGAACUGAUUUUGCAGAUUUCAAAGCAGCUGCUGAGCAAGCUCGUCUCCAAGCUCUUCGUAGAACACCGAAGAAACUCUUCAGUGCAGGAAAGGAUCUCGAGGGCUAUCCGUUUCUUAAGGCACUGGCUGAACGAGAAGCAUCUAUGGCCUCUUCAAAAUUGGUUUUGGCCGUAUCCUCAUUCGAUUGUCCAUGUCAAAUUUGUCCCGGACAGAAGCUUAAGGUCACGAACUGUAGUGUCCACCUUCAGAUACUCCUGAAGGGUCAUGAGAUAUCAGGCUACAUAGACUUUGGGGAGCGGUUGAAAAGUGAAGAUUUGGAACCUGUCUUUGAUCGGAAGAAGAAGCUUCUCCCGAGUCCACAUGAUCUUUCCUAUUACAACUGGGACACGAAAAUUGCAAUACAAAAUUCUUCUCAAAAUUGGCAGGUGAUUGCAGACAAUGAUGUCGGUGUACUUCUUAAAAACAAGAAAGAUCGGAAGACUCUGAAUGUAGACCCUGCGGCUCCAGCAGGAGAUCUCUCGACACGUACUGUGAUAAACACCAAAGAAUACAAACAUGUGGUGAUCUUCGAUCAUAUCACCCGACGACAGUAUUGA